CUUUUUUUUUCUUUUUCUUGUCACUUUGAACUCUUCUGGACUCUUUGCCCAAGUAGAACCAUUCUUCUCUUCCAUGGCUCUUCUCUGAAUGCUUCACACCCAAUUAAUUGCAUCCAAAGCAAGCACCAACGUUUCUCUCUCCCUCUCUACUCUGUAAUUUGGAUUGAUUUUGAAGUCCCAUCCAAAUCUUUGUUCCCUUUGAUUGCUUUUGCAAUUGGUGUAGGAGAGAAUAUUAUCGAGUGAAAUUACUGGAGCUUGGUGUGUAGUAUGUGCCAUUAUUGUGGUGCUCGGAUAACAGAUUCAGAUGGGAAAAAAUUGGAGAAUGGUAGUUCUUUCAAAGUAGAUGCUGCUGGCCCCAUGUGUUUAUGUAAAGUUUGCAAAGAGAAUCAGGAACGAGAAAUGAUGAAGCCGGAUAGUAAGAGCACAAGUGAAUCACCCAUGCUAAGUCCAAUGCCUUCGCUGUCAAGCAUCAAUAGUGAUUGUUCUAUAGAGGCAAAUUCAGAUAUCAGGGAUGGUCAAGAAGGUGCAACGGGAAUUAGCCAAGAAGAUAUCAAUUAUAGGCAAGACAGGAAGUCACAAAACUCGAGUGUAGUAUUUCGUAGCAAUGAUCAAUUUGGUGGAAGAGAGGUUAAAAAUGUAAUGCCAAGUAAUAGUCAAGAGGCAACACCCAAUGUCUCUGGUGUUAAUACGGAAACUGAGAAAUACAAUUCUAGUUGGAUGGAUACUAAUUUGUGGGAUCCUCCAGAACCAGAGGACCCGAAGGAUGACAUGGAGGGUGGGAUGGGUUAUAACGAUGACGAUGAUGAUGAGUUUGGUGACGGCACAGAAUGGAGCAAGUCAAGUUCUUUUAGUCACUCGGUAGAUGAAGCCAGUGUUAGCUAUAGGUUUAAAGAGGAAAAACAAAGGGCAAUGCAGGAGGUUAUGAAUGGGAAGUACAAGGCUUUUAUACAUCAUCUUCUUAAAUUGGUAGGUGUUCCCCCAUCAGGAGAAGACAGUGAAAAUUGGGUGGAUAUAGUUUGUUCUCUGUCUUGGGAAGCUGCCACAUUUUUGAAGCCUGUAGUAGACGGUAAAGCAUUGGAUCCAGAGAAUUAUGUAAAAGUAAAGUGCAUUGCAACUGGAACUCGCAGCCAAAGUCAAUUUGUCAAGGGAAUGGUAUUCAAGAAGCAUGCAGCUCACAAACACAUGCCAACACAUUGUAAGAACCCCAAAUUACUACUUAUUCGUGGCAAGCUUGAUGAGCCCUUAAGUGGACUCUCUUCAUUUAAUUCAAUGGAGCAGGAAAAUGAUUAUACUAAUUUUGUUAUAGAGAUGAUUGAAAGCUGCACUGCAAAUGUGGUCUUAGUUGAAAAAACUGUUCCACGAAUUAUCCAAGAAGCAAUUCUCAAGAAAGGCAUGACAUUGGUGCUUGAUAUGAAACUCCACCGUCUGGAGAGAAUAGCUCUUUGUACCGGUUCACCAAUUUUAACAUCUGAUACUUUAUCGUGCCAAUUGAUAAGACAAUGCGAUGCUGUUUAUUUUCAAAAAAUUGUAGAAGAACAUGCAGGUGUUUUGGAGGGAGGAAAGAGGCCAACUAAAACUUUGAUGUUUAUUGAGGGUUGUCCAACACGUUUGGGUUGUACGAUUUUGCUGAAAGGAGCUCACAGUGAUGAACUGAAGAGGAUUAAAUGUGUUGUGCAGUGUGCUGUUGUUGUGGCAUAUCACUUAAUAUUAGAGACUUCUUUCCUUGUUGAUCAGCGAGCUAUGUUUGCAACUAUUCCAUUUGAUGGGGUACCAGCUAUUAUUUCACCCGAUCCACAAUCACCUUUAGAGCCUUGUAGCCCAGAUGUACCUCAAGCUGAGAAAUCAACUGAUGAAAAUGAACCACCGACAGACUCAACUGAUAUUCAUAUUUCAAGUGGACUCCGUGAAGAGGCUUCUAACAGAUCAAACUUGGAGUUGGUGGAAAAGACAAUAAUGUCUUCUGAACCAGAACCAUAUAAUCCUGCCAUUAUUUCUGGAUUCUCAUCCAUUUCUGAGCCAUUGAGGAGAGUCAUGCGAGAAAGUUUCCUUUUAUCAUCUCCUUAUCAGUCAUUGUCUUCUUAUUUUGGAUAUGGAAACGACCUGAGUCAAUCAACCAGGCAGGCAAUCAAUUCUAUCUACUCAGUUCCAUCUACUCCACAGGCAACCAAUCAAUUUGAUGUGGAAGUUAGGGGUAGUUCUGAUGAAGAGAAUUCAGUUCAUGAACAGUCUGUGUCCCAUCAAUCAACCUUGGAAAGCCUUGGGGAGGUGGAAGUUGCUUGUAACAUUUCUGAAGAUACCAUGCGGAAUAAUGAUGAUAAGAAAACACUGUUGGAUUCUCAGAGUAUUUUAGUUUUGAUGUCGAGUCGAAAUGCUUCGAAAGGAACAAUGUGUGAACAAAGCCAUUUUUCACAUAUUGUGUUCUACAAGAAUUUUGAUGUUCCUCUUGGAAAAUUUUUGAGAGAAAAUUUACUAAAUCAGAAUAACCCCUGCACGGUCUGUAGUGAACUGCCAGAAGCUCACUUUUACUAUUACGCUCAUCAUCGAAAGCAACUUUCCAUUCAAGUCAAACAGCUUCCAAUGGGAAAAGUUUUGCCAGGUGAAACUGAAGGAAAACUUUGGAUGUGGAGUCGUUGCAGUAAAUGUAAAUCUAAGCGAGGUGAUUCAGAGUCCUCUAAAAGGGUGUUGAUUUCCACGGCCGCGCGCAGCUUGUCAUUUGGAAAGUUUUUGGAGCUUUGUUUUUCUGAUGACACUUUACCUAGUAAAUCAUCGGGUUGUGGCCAUUCUUUGUUUGGGGACUUCCUGUACUUCUUCGGACUGGGCCAUAUGGCAGCUAUGUUCAGAUAUUCUGAGGUUGCAAUUUAUACAGUCGCUAUGCCGCCUCAGAUACUGGAAUUCAACAGUUCACUGAGACAAGGUCAUCUCAUUAGAGAAACUGAAAAUGUUUACACUCGAGGGAUGUUACUUUUCACUGAGAUUGCACGCUGUCUAAAGAAGAUGAGCUCCGAACGUAAAAGUUCAAAUGUAAACCCUCAAGGUUUUCUAAAAGACUUUUCUUUGGUUGAAGAAAUGUUAAACCAAGAAAGAUCAGAAUUUGAGGCAAACAUUCAAAGUUCUCUUAGUAAGAAAGGAAACUCAGACUUCACUUUUCACAAAUAUCUUGGUUUGAACCAAUUACUUUGGGAGCUGCUGCUAGAAUCAUGUAUUUGGGACAAACGCUUGCAAUCAUUAAUGUCGCUGGGUCUUACAAGGGACUCUGGCACUCAUGAAAAUGUUGCACAAGAACCGGUUAUAUCGAAGGUGAAUAGCACUAUCAAUGUAAGACACGAGGAAUUGGAAUCAAUUGUACAGAACGAUAAUACAGCCAGAAAUAUAUCACCAGAUGAAAAUGUAUUUCCCAUGAAAGACAUAGCAGUUGAAGGUUCGGAUGAAGAAUCUGGUGGUGAUGAAAUUAAUGUAUCCUCAGCAACUGAAUCGACGAACAUACCAAUCCUGGAUCAUCUGAGCCCCACACAACUUUCUUGCCAAGAGUCUGUGUCAAAUGGCUUCAACUGUCAUUCUUCAGGUGACGAGGAUUCUCAAGUAGGAAGGGUUCUAUCAUCUGCUGCUUUGCAGGUAGAUAGAACCAUUCCAAUUUCAACAAGUGCGAAUUGUAAUUUGACCUUCGGUGAAUGGUUCUGGACACCGUUCUCAGAGUUCCGAAAGAUACACAUGAGGGAAAUCCCGAGAAGUUAUUUUCCCGAAUUCGAAUCCAGUAGCUAUACUUUGAAAUUCUUACCAGAAGCCUCCGACUUCAUCAACAAAGAAGGACACAAGCUACACAUUCCUCUUACAAGUGAUAAUCUUAUUGUUUCAGACUAUGAGGGUGAACUCUCAAGCAUAGUUGCUUGCGUACUCGCUUUUUUGAAAGAUGUAUCCCUUCAAACAGAUUCUCAUAAUGAGGAUGGUAACGGAGGUGCUCCACAACCAAGUUUGAGUACACGAAGCCUAAAUCACGUGCCCUCCAACGGAUCCUCAGAUUCAGACUUGCUUUAUUCUUCCUCGAGCAUCUCUUCGGAUGAAUUUCGGUUCUCCAGUUUUGACAAGUUAAAUUUGUUGGACUCUCUAGUUCCGGAGACUUUCAAACGGGCAGAUCAUGAAGGGGUCAUAAAGUCACUUGCAAAGGGGAAAUAUCUUGUGAAUUGUCCAUAUUUCAAUCAGUUCCGUGAUCUUCGGAAUCGAUGCUGCCCAUCUGAGCUUUAUUACAUAGGUUCCCUAAGCCGUUGUAUAAACUGGAACGCAAAAGGUGGGAAGAGCAAAUCUUUUUUCGCCAAGACACUCGAUGAUAGGUUGAUUAUCAAAGAGAUCAAGAGGACGGAGUAUGAUUCAUUUAUGAAGUUUGCUCCUGAGUACUUCAAGUACAUCAAUCAAUCAUUUGACAUGGGGAACCAGACCUGCCUUGCUAAAGUUCUUGGAAUCUAUCAGGUAACGGUGAGAGAGCCGAAAGGCGGGAAAGAGAUGAGGCAUGAUUUGAUGGUUAUGGAGAACCUCAGUUUUGGCCGCAACAUAAUUCGACAAUAUGAUCUUAAAGGAGCUCUACAUGCUCGAUACAACUCAGCUGCCAAGGGUUUAGGUGAAGUCCUCUUAGACCAGAACUUUGUGGAGGACAUGAACUCAUCUCCCCUAUAUGUUAGUAAUCAAUCAAAGCGUCGGUUGCAACGGGCAAUUUGGAAUGACACCACUUUUCUCAACUCGAUAAACGUUAUGGAUUAUUCUCUGCUCGUCGGGGUUGAUGCCGAGAAGAAGGAGCUUGUAUGUGGGAUAAUCGAUUACCUCAGACAGUACACAUGGGACAAGCAACUAGAGACAUGGGUAAAAUCCUCCCUCGUCCCAAAAAAUGUAUUGCCCACCGUGAUUUCUCCGAAAGAGUACAAGAGGAGAUUCAGAAAGUUCAUGUCUGCACAUUUCUCGAGUGUCCCAGAUACCUGGUGCCUGCAGCAGAACUUCCAUGGGCCUUGGGAGCUCUGUGGCACCACAGACCAUGCUUCUUCACAGAAGAAUAAUGAAGAAAACGAUAUCUUGUCGUAAGGUCCAAAGGGGCUAUGCUGCUCGAUUUUGGUUUAGCAUCAUAUAUAGAUCUGGAGAAAUUGGAUCGGUGAAGGAAACGAUCUCUCUUCUAAAUUCAUAUUACACUUGCAAGUUCAUUACUGUAAAUAGAUGGGCUGGCAUGGCCAUCCAGUUUACCAUGAGUUUGCCCUGAUAUUCUGCAAUUUUUUAGCAAAUUUCUAGGGUGGUGAAAAUUGUUGUAGGGUCCAGUUGAGGGGCAAAAAAGUAAUUGUGUAGUGGAACUGUAUAGGUUUAUAGUAGCUGAAGAUUUAUAGAUCUUCACUUCUCUGAUGAUGCUGUAUUGAUUAAUGUUCAUUCAUUUUUACAAAAGAAGUAAUCAAAUAUAAAUCUUCUAUUUCUAUGA